GUAACUGCAUUAUUAUUAACAAUAUUACAAUUGGCACGUAUUGGUGAAUCGGCAGAUUUCCGGUGCUAUACGCCCAGGGAUGCCAUACCCGGCUGCACCUGUACUGAUGGCUGGGACUAUCUCUGGCGAUUGAACGGCCGGGCGGUCGACGACCUGAUCAUCACUGACUACCCGAACGCUCGACUGCCGGGCGAUGUCUUCCCAAACACUGUCAGCAUUAAGCGAAUCGUCAUCGCCGACAGCCCAGAGCUGAUUGGUUUCGGACCCAAACUAAAGCCCGACAAAACAUUUUUUGCUAACUUAGGCCACAGUUUAGAGUCGAUUGUUGUGCACAACUGUCCCAACGUUGACGACCGGGAAUGGGUGAACAUCGGCGAGACACUAGCCAAGGGUAAUGCCGUACCGGUGCUCAAACACCUGACCAUAGGCUCGGACAACAACUAUCUGAUAGCCGAUCCCAAAGCCUUUGCAAAGCUGGCAAACAUCGAGACACUGACUUUAAGGGCCAACGCGUUGACCACAUUUGCCGAAGAUUUAACCGCUUUUAAGGCACUAAGAUUUUUGGACCUGACGGCCAACAGACAGCUCAAGACCUUUAAUCCCCCGGCGCUGCCCAACACUCUGACCAACAUUUUGUUGGCCGAGACGGCGAUCACACGGCUGGCCCACGAGACUAUAGCCAUGCUUAAACAUGUUGAUUUUGUUGACUUAAGAAAAAACCCGUUGUCGUGCUAUUGUGAGGAUAUCCAAGAGAUCUGCGACCGGGAAGACCUGCAGCGCAAGUUUGUGGGCGCCCUCUGCGCCACACCUAUCGGGAAAAAUAAUACCAUAUUCGGCACGUCAUGCGAGUGGGAGUUCCCCCCGUCCACAAAACCUCCCACAACCGUAGCCACGGAAAGCAGUGAUACUAAUGGCACGACUGUAGAUCCGGAUGAUGAUACGGCUUCGCAAACUUUUGCCAAGUUUCUUUAUAGACUAGUUUCCCACUGGCAAUAA